CAAGUGAUCUGCACUUGCCCACCCAUCCCCCUGUGACUUUGGCAUGAGAACCUGACUACAUGUAGAAGUAUUGUCUGAAAUUAUGGAACAAAUCAGAAAUAAGAGGUCCAUUAAUUCAUUAAACUUCAGUCAUCCAAGUUCCACUUUGGACUAACUAACCCAACAUUGGGAGUGGUCUGACAAAACUUCCUCUUUUCUUUGCACUCUUAAGAUGAUUUACCAGAUUAAAAUGCCCAGAGAACUUGGUCUCCCUUUCCUGAAGACAGCUAAAAAGAGGAGCACAUUUCUACUCACAGCUGUGGUUGGUCAAGGUGACUACACUCCCUUCCCGCCUCUAGUGGUCUAAGUUCCUGACUCGAACUUCUUGGGAAAACAAAGUGAUUUAAGGCCUGAAAGGAGAUGAGCAAUUUUUAAGACAAAAAGUCCCGUAAGACAGGAAGCCUGCUGGUUUCUGAUGCAUAAACUAGACAGCAGAGGCAGGGCUGCCUCAUACAGUUUGCCUCUGUUAUUUCUUCUGUGAGAAGCUGCUGGGCUCCUCUCACCAGGCUCCAUUCCUUCUCCUUACUGGCUGAUGGAUCGCAAGGGGCUUCUCUCCUUGAACUUUCUGCUGUUUUUCUCCUUGGCUUUUGAACUGAGCUGCGUAACAGUUGAGGACUUGACGAAAUGCCCAAUAAUCCGUGAGCAGUUGGGAAGCAGCGUGCUGCUGCCCCUGACACCUAAAGGGAUGAGUGAGAGUAUGAAGAAGAGGAUCCACAUCAUCGUCACAAAGGUAGAAUCACCCGGAAACAGUGUCAAAAAGAAAAUUGUGUCUCUUGACUUGCCGAAAGGGGGCUCUCCACCCUAUCUGGAAGAUGGCUAUAAGUUUCAUUUGGAAAACUUGAACCUGGGGAUCCUGGAAAGCAAGAAGGAGAAUGAGGGCUGGUAUUUUCUAACCCUGGAGGGAAACAUUUCAGUCCAGCACUUUUGCCUGCAGCUGGAGCUCUAUGAGCGGGUCUCCACUCCGGAAAUUAAGGUGUUGAACCUGACCCAGGAGAAUGGAAACUGCAGCUUGAUGCUGGCCUGCGAGGCAGAGAAGGGAGACCAUGUGGCAUACAGCUGGAGUGAGGAGGCAGGCACCCACCCGCUGAUUAUAGCCAAUGGCUCCCACCUCCUGUAUCUCACCCUUGGCCCUCAGCAUGCUGACAGUACCUACAUCUGCACUGCAAGCAACCCCAUCAGCAACCGUUCCCAAAUCAUCAUCCCAUGGCCCAGAUGCAGGAUAUAUCCCCCAGUAUCAAGACAAUGGGGACUGUAUGCUGGGCUGUUCUUAGGGAGCAUCAUUGGUGUCACCAUGAUUCUUCAAGUGGUAAUACUACUGUUGACAAGAAGAGGUAAAGCAGACUAUCACCAGCCAACAGUGGAAGCAAAAAGCCUUACUAUCUAUGCUGCAGUCCAGAAAUCCGGUCUUGUUCAGAAGGAACCUGAUCCUCUGCCAGCUCAGGACCCCUGCACCACCAUUUACGUUGCUGCCACAGAGCCUGUCCCACAGCCUGUUCAGGAACCAAGCUCCAUCACAGUUUAUGCCAGUGUGACACUUCCAGAGAGCUGACAUCACAGACCCAAUGAAGGGACUAUCUAAAGGACCAUGGAGGAGCCAAAAUAAACACUGAACUUGACCCAGGUCUCAAGUUCCUGUGACACUCUACACAUCUGUACUCUUCUCAGAUUAACUACUUGGUGAUGUUGCUUCCACCACUCACCAGUGAAAUGGACGAGGAGACGUCGUCUGUACUGCAGGGCAAAGGCCCAGAACAGAGUUUUCCAUCUCUAUGGUGUGUCAGACAAAUGGGCAAUGCAAAUUUAGUGAAUCCAGACCUUCAAGUAUCUUGUUCUUUGUGGAGAUUGCAUAAUGAAAGCCAAAGGCAGAAAGCCAGAACAUCCAGCACCUACUCAGACCGCUGACUACCAGCCAGUAUGGGACAGUUUACAUUCUGUCUGUGUGCACAUGGUUCUGGGAGAUGAUCCCAAUCACCACACAGACCUGAUUAAGGCUCUGUGCCUCAGUUUCUCUCUCUGGAUAGGCAAUGGAGAAUGAAUUCCUUAUUACAUGUAAAACACUGUGAUAAAAGUGAAGCUGAAGAGUCAAUAAACUAAAAACAUGACUUUGACGUCUCUGGGCUUUAAAUAAUGGAAUGAAAAUCACUAAGAUUCUCUUUUCUUUUUUGAUUCUAAAGUAAAAAUUCAGUUUAUUCAUCUGUUUGACACAGUACAGAAGAGGCAAAGUGUUUCACAUCAUAGAUUUCACUUCAAACUCCUUGGAACAUUCAUUUCUUUGUCUAAAAGGAGUGAUUAGAUGGGAAAGCCAGACAAUGCUUGGGCAACUGAAAUAAGGUUGGGGCAGGAGCAAUGGUAACAUCAUCCUCACAGUAAUGGGCACAUGGGACCAUUAAUCGCAAGCUGACUUUCUAGAAUUAUUAGCUGGAAGCACAGGAGCACCACUUCUGGAUAUUUGAGCCAUCUCGGGCCUCAAUCAUCCGCUCCACACAGGUAUAGCAGCAAUUUCUGGUAGUC